AUGUUCGGCCCGGACAAACUCUUGGGGCAGCUGUCCAAGCUGGACAGAUACGGGAACAUGGCGACCGUGGGGGAUUUUAACCCGCUCAGCGCCAGCAUCCCCGCGACCAAGGUGGAGCUGUCGGUGUCGUGCAGAAACCUUUUGGACAGAGAUACAUUUUCAAAAUCCGAUCCAAUCUGUGUUUUGUAUAUUCAAACUAUGGGAAAUAAAGAAUGGAGAGAGUUUGGGAGAACAGAAGUAAUUGACAAUACUUUGAACCCAGAUUUUGUAAGAAAGUUUAUAAUGGAUUACUUUUUUGAAGAGAGAGAGAACCUGCGGUUUGACUUGUAUGAUGUUGACUCCAAGAGUCCCAACCUGUCAAAGCAUGAUUUCUUAGGACAAGUGUUCUGCACCCUUGGAGAGAUUGUUGGAUCACAGGGAAGCAGAUUAGAAAAACCAAUUGUAGGAAUUCCUGGGAAGAAAUGUGGGACGAUAAUACUGACAGCAGAAGAGCUGAACUGCUGCAGGGAUGCUGUACUGAUGCAGUUUUGUGCAAAUAAAUUAGACAAGAAAGACUUCUUCGGAAAAUCGGAUCCCUUCCUGGUAUUUUUUCGCAGCAAUGAAGAUGGCAGCUUUACAAUCUGCCACAAGACAGAAGUUGUAAAGAAUACACUGAAUCCAGUUUGGCAGGCAUUUAAAAUAUCUGUCAGAGCACUUUGCAAUGGAGAUUAUGACAGAACAAUUAAGGUAGAGGUGUACGACUGGGAUAGAGAUGGAAGUCAUGAUUUUAUUGGUGAAUUCGCAACAAGUUAUAGAGAGCUGUCCAGAGGACAAUCACAGUUUAAUGUGUAUGAGGUAAUAAAUCCAAAGAAAAGGGGGAAAAAGAAAAAAUACAUUAAUUCAGGAACAGUAACAUUACUUUCCUUCCUAGUGGAAACAGAAGUUUCAUUUCUUGACUAUAUUAAAGGCGGGACUCAAAUCAAUUUCACUGUGGCUAUUGAUUUCACAGCUUCAAAUGGCAAUCCUGCACAGCCAACCUCCCUCCACUAUAUGAAUCCAUACCAGCUAAAUGCAUAUGGAAUGGCCUUAAGAGCAGUAGGGGAAAUCAUUCAGGACUACGAUAGUGACAAAAUGUUUCCAGCUCUAGGUUUUGGUGCAAAACUGCCUCCAGAUGGAAGAGUAUCCCAUGAGUUUGCUUUGAAUGGAAAGCCUCAAAAUCCUUACUGUCAUGGAAUAGAUGGUGUAAUGGAAGCAUACUACAGGAGUCUGAAAUCUGUACAGCUUUAUGGACCAACAAACUUUGCUCCUGUUAUUAAUCAUGUAGCAAGAUAUGCUGCCUCAGUAAAAGAUGGCUCCCAGUAUUUUGUUCUUCUAGUUAUUACAGAUGGGGUAAUUUCUGACAUGGCUCAAACAAAGGAGUCCAUAGUGAAUGCUUCAAGGCUUCCAAUGUCAAUAAUAAUAGUAGGAGUUGGGCCAGCAGAAUUUGAUGCUAUGGAAGAAUUAGAUGGUGACAUAGUCAGACUUUCCUCAAGAGGAAAAUAUGCAGAACGAGAUAUUGUACAGUUUGUGCCAUUUCGGGAUUAUAUUGACAGAACUGGAAACCACAUAUUAAGUAUGGCCAGACUUGCGAAAGAUGUCUUAGCUGAGAUACCGGACCAGUUUCUCUCCUACAUGAGAGUCCGAGGAAUCAAGCCAUCUCCUGCACCUCCUCCAUAUACACCUCCUAUUCCUGUACUGCAGACUCAAAUAUGAGUACUCCAGAUGUUUACUUCUUUUCAUAGACCAUCGAGCACGGCUAAAAGAAAAAAAGUGCUCAGUCCAGUACUGUGGUGCACUUUAAAGAGCCAAUGAGCUGAGGCCAAGUGUCCCUCUAUAUGCAGUAGAAGUUUCUGGUGGGCUUUUAAGCAAAAUAAGUUAACUUUUUAAUACCAAAAUGCCAAUCUGGUUGCAUGUGCAACUGAAAAAAAGCUUUUAUGUACAGGAAGCAAAAUUAUCGUGUUUAUUUCUGAGUUCUCUUUUCUUUCUGACAGGAAAGAAAAACUAACGUCACAUGUUUUUCAGAAACAGCACAAGUCACAGGUUCAACUCAGAAGUCAAUAUCCUCCUUGACUUAAUAUGUACAUACAAAUGUGGAAGAAUGCAACUCCUCUGUAUCUACGUUUACAUGUUACUACUUUUUAAAACUACUUUUUAAAUUAUUAUUCUUAAUCUUAAGAAUUUGGAAUAUCGAAUUGUCUUCUAGCUUGCAAUAGUUAAAUCCACAAGAGAAGCAAUAUCUCUUUGAAUGAUUGUCCGGACAAAUAUAAACAAGACUAAGCCGGGGGGGGGGGGGGGGGUACAGAGACAUUCACAAGUUUCAGUAAUGGAAACACCUCACUCAUGUGCUCAGUAAUAAAUUAAUCUGAUACACUUUUCAAAAUAGCAUAAUUGAAAACAAGCUUCCAAGAUGUGAAUACUGUAAGAAUAUGUAUUUUGAAAGAUAUUCCAGUUUCUGAAAUAACUUGUGUUUACAUUUUUAAAGAAUGGUUAUGCUGGCAUAAUAAAUUUGAACUACAUACAUAAUGUGAUGCAGCUGCAUUCAAUAACGUUUGAGUCUUAUACUUCAGUUUACACAGUGUAUGAAAAUUAUAGAGUAUCUUGCAUAACAACAGUCAGGCUUUGGCAUCCUAUUAUUUUCUGCAGCUGAAUAUUUUAUUAAGAGUGAUACAAAAAUCUUAAAUUGCCAGUUGCCAUAAGGUUGUCUAGAUUGUCCAUUCAAAGGGAUGCUGACUCGUUUUGAGUUGGCUACUGCCUCAGUGUUAUGUAAAGCACACAGGUAAAUAGUCUAUUAAUAUUAUGGAUCAAAAUUGCACAGAUAUGUCGAUUUAUGCACAAUUUUGUGUAUGGAUCUACACAAAAUAUUUUAUGAUAUGCCUGUUCUUAUCUUUAUCAAAUGUUUUUGCAUGUACAGUUUUUACAAGAAAUUCACAGUUUUGUGAGUAUGUGUGUCAAAACUUUUAAUUAGAACAAAUGGCCUUAACUCACACAAGUAUCUUGGAAUCAUUGUGAAAUGCCUUCAGAUACUGGAAGAUACGUUUUACUUUGUGUCAAAAUAGUAAUUGCCUUGUAAUGUGUAGCUCUCUUCUUUGGCACAUAACCUGUUUACUACUUUAUUUACUAUUAUAUAUGUUAUACUGUACAAAAUUAAACUCUGCAUUUUUUAAAGCAUGAAAGUAUUUUUCCCCUGGAAAAGCUUAUAUAAUGGUAUCAAUGGUAUAUUACACCUAUGUAACACAGAAUCUUCCAUUUUUAAAUAUAUUAAAGGAUCUUAAAAU